AUGAAUAUUUCUACAUCGGCAGGCGUGAAAAGAAGAAGAGGAGGACGGUCAAGUCAGCCGGAAGACGAAGUGAAUGCUUCAGAACUUAAACUUGGGCCGGAAUUCCAACUUGAUCAGUUGGACAACCACGGUAAUCACACUAAACUUAUAGCGUUGAAUCUCUCAGAGGCAAGAAUUUUAGUUAGAGCAGCCUUGAAAGAAAGAAUGGAAAUGAUUCAAGGGUUUAACGGGACGAAUGAAACAAUGGAUAAGGAUAAAUUGAUGGCCGAUGGAGAGCCAGAUGACGAGACUUUGGCUAGAUUGGCCACAGCUCCAGGAGCCAACGAGGUGCUACGGAAGACUUUGGAGUAUUUAUCAAUGUUUUCGAGAUUUAAGGACGCAGAAACUUGUACUGCGGCCGAAACUUUACUUAAAAGCGAGGAGAAUUCGGGUCUACAUCCGUUCGAAGUGGCCCAACUCGGUUCUCUUGCCAGUGAGGACAUCGACGAAGCAGUGACGCUUAUCCCAAGUUUGAAUGAGAAGAAGGAUGAAAUCGAUCUUCAACGAAUCUUGGAUGAAUUGAACAGAUUAGAGACAAAUUUCCCUUGA